AUGGUGUUCGCCGUGGAGGAAAUCAACCAGGACCCCACCUUGUUACCGGGCGUCAACCUGGGCUACCACAUCCGUGAUAGCUGCGCCCUGCACCCUUGGGCCACGCAGGCCGCCCUCUCACUGGUGAGCGGCGACAGCGGCAGCUGCAACCCAGCGGAUGACAGUGUUCCCUUGAUCAUCGGUGGGGCUUCUUCAAAAACAGCCAUGAUCCUCUCCAGAGUCCUGAGCCCACUCUCUGUGCCUUUAAUGAGCUACCAGUCGAGCUGCCCUUGUUUGAGUGACAGGCGGCAGUUUCCAAACUUCUUCAGAACCAUGCCCAGCGACAUCUACCAAGCACGGGCCAUCGCCAGGCUCGCCAUACACUUCAAGUGGACCUGGAUCGGCGCGGUGGUGGCAAACAAUGACUACGGUCUGGUGGCAGUUAAGGUAUUCCAGGAGGAGACCCAGGGGUCGGGUGUGUGUCUGGCCUUUGUGGAGACUCUAAGGAGGCAAAACAUUGCGAGUGACGCCAGAAGAGCAGCCCUUGCCAUUAAAGAAUCGACUGCCAAAGUCAUCCUCGUCUUCUCUUGGUACACAGAUGUGAGGGAAGUGCUUCUGCAACUGGCCGAGAUGAACGUGACCGACAGACAGUUCCUAGCCAGUGAGGCUUGGAGCACCAGUGGUAACCUCCUCCAAAAUCCUGUCACCUCAAAAGUGGCGAGCGGAGUCCUCGGCAUGGCUAUACGUAGCUCGCCUAUCGUCGGAUUUGAGAAUUAUGUCAGAAGUUUGACUCCAUCACGUCGUCCCAAUGAUGACUUCUUGAUGGAAUUCUGGGAGCAAGAGUUUGCAUGUAGACCUCAGGCUGAAGACUCCGCAUCAACACCACCACCAAGCACAAACACGUCUGAGCAGAGGACUUCAUUGCCCCUCUGCAGUGGGGAGGAGUCGCUGAAAGGGGUGGACAACCUCUUUACCGACACUUCCCAGCUACGACAGGCCUAUAACGUCUAUCUGGCUGUUUACGCUGCAGCUCACGCCAUCCACAACCGUCUAGCUUGCCCCAGCACGACCUCCAGGGACGGCAGCUCCACCUGCUCCUCUACCAAACAUGUCAAACCUGCUGAGCUGCUGCAGCACUUGAACGACGUCAACUUCACCACGCCGCAGGGGGAAAGGCUUUAUUUCCAAGGGAGCGACGUACCGGCAAAAUACGACCUGGUCAACUGGCAGAAAACCCCCGAAGGCUCCCUAAAACUUGUCCUGAUCGGCCAUGUAGACGGCUAUGAUGUCCAUCUCAACGACACAGCUGUCCAGUGGAGCACAGGAUCCGUUCAGGUGCCUACUUCAGUCUGCAGUGAGAGCUGCCCUCCUGGCACCAGGGUGGCCAGCAGGAAAGGAGAACCUCUUUGCUGUUUUGACUGCAUCCCGUGUGCUGAUGGGGAGAUCAGCAAUACAACUGGUUCACCCAACUGUGAACACUGUCCAGUGGAGUUCUGGUCCAAUGCGGGUAGAACAGCUUGUAUUCCUCGCCAUCUGGACUUUCUGUCCUUCAAUGAGACCUUGGGCAUCACCCUCACCACAGUAGCUGUGUCUGGCACCAUGGUGACCACUGCUGUCUUUGUGGUUUUUCUCUACUUCAGACACACACCUGUGGUCCGAGCCAACAAUUGCGAGCUGAGCUUCCUGCUUCUCUUGUCGCUUAAACUCUGCUUCCUGUGCUCGCUGCUCUUCAUCGGUCGUCCAUCAGUGUGGGCUUGUCGCUUCCAGCAGGCCGCCUUUGGCAUCAGUUUUGUACUCAGUGUGUCCUGCCUCCAAGUAAAAACCAUAGUGGUUCUGGCAGCGUUCCGCUCAGCCCGGCCCGGCACUGAAGCCUUGAUGAAGUGGUUUGGUCCGGGCCAACAGAGAGGGAGCGUGUGCGCGUUUACUUCCAUACAGAUCAUCAUCUGCAUUAUUUGGCUAUCCCUCAGCCCCCCUGACCCUAAACCAGACUUUGAUACCCCCGGGUUAAAAGUUACUCUGAAGUGUGCCAUGGACUCUGUGGUGGGCUUCUCUCUGGUUCUGGGCUACAUCGGCCUGCUGGCCUGCACCUGCCUCCUCCUGGCCUUCCUUGCCAGGAACCUUCCUGACAACUUCAACGAGGCCAAGCUCAUCACCUUCAGCAUGCUCAUCUUCUGUGCCGUCUGGGUGGCGUUUGUUCCCGCUUACGUCAGCUCGCCUGGGAAGUAUGCAGUCGCCGUGGAGAUCUUUGCAAUUCUGGCCUCCAGUUAUGGCUUACUAUUCUGUAUUUUUGCUCCUAAGUGUUUUAUCAUUCUUUUCAGGCCUGAGAGAAAUACCAAAAAACACAUGAUGGCCAGGUAG